AUUCAAAUUUAAGCCUGCAAGGUGCACGUAUCAAUUUUUUUUUGUUUCUUUAUAAUUUCUCUUUAAGUUUUUAAUUCAAUAAAAGUUGUAAUAUUAAGAAAGCUAUGGAACAAGAGCAAUCAAAUGAAAAGCGAAAAUCCAACCGUAGUCCGCCUUAUGCGUUAUUUAAUCUUUUAGUGAUAAUUGUCGCAAUCAUUUACGGUGCAUAUUAUCAAAUGUACUUAGCUAAGGAUUCCACACAAGCCGAUGAAACGCUUAAAUCACAAAAGAGCGAUAAGAUAAUAAAUGAAAUUCCGCUAUUUACAGCUAAUGAAUUAAAAAAGUUUGAUGGAGUCAGUGAUAGUAAACUCUACUUAUCAAUAUUAGGCGAAAUAUUUGACGUAACAAGAGGCGAACAGCAUUAUGGGCCUGGAAUGCCUUACAAUGCAUUCGUGGCUAAAGAUAUUUCUAGAGCUUUCGUAACUGGUGAGUUUGAUGCAAAGUCCAGUAAGGAUAGCCUUGAUCAUGUUCUUGGACUUUCGCCUCGUGAACUCGUGAGCCUAAAAAAAUGGCGCGAUUUUUAUGCCGAAACUUACGUCUUCGUGGGACGACUGAUCGGACGUUUUUAUGAAGAAACCGGUGAGCCAACGGAAUAUUUUUGGCAAAUUGACCGAAAAAUACAAUUUGGUUUGAAGCAACAAGAGGAAGAGCAAAACUUUAAACAAGAAUUUCCACCAUGUAAUAUAGAAUAUAAAGCUGACCCUGGAACAACCAGAUAUUGGUGUACAACACAAUCUGGUGGCAUCGAUCGUGAAUGGGCUGGUUAUCCAAUUCAACUAUUUAACCAAGAUUCAAAGACUUUCUCUUGCGUUUGCGCUAAAAAAGAGAACUUUGAUCUUCCACAAUUGCGACUUUACGAAAAUUGCGAUGACGCAACGCGAUCGUGUACAGUUCAAAGUGAAGAACAAAGUAAUGACGACUAAUAAUGUUGUCAAAAUCGUCAUGUUAAUGUUUAGAAGAUAUCAAAUGCGCUCACUAGUUUAUAAAUUGAUGAUUUCUUCUACAAUUAAAGUAAUCUAAGCAAUCAUGUUACAUUCCUUUCUUUUUGCUGUUAAAGUUUUGUGUUUUUAAAAAAUUGUUGAAAUGAUUUUCGUGAUUUUUGAAACUUAAAAUUGGCAUCUUAAAUCUUGAUUAGAAUGAAUUAAUUUGUAAAUUGCCUUUGAAAAAUACCAAAGCAAAGCGUUUCUUUCUUUUUCAAUGAUCUUGAUUUAACAUGUCAAUACAUAAAUUGCAAUCAUAUUCUCUUAAACAAUAAUUUACUAAGUUUCAAAAACAUGUUUUUCUUUUUAUUGAAUUCUGUUUUCUUUGUUGUCUAUUUACAAAUAUUUUCCUUACAAUUUUUCUUUGAAUAUUUAAAUUCAUCAGCUUCUUAAAAAAAUAUACGAACGCUUAAUUAAAAGAUUUAUUUUCAUGUUGUGAAUAAACAAAAGUUAAUUUCUUUUCUCUUUUAACUUUAAUUCUAUGAAUGUUUCGUACAUUUGUCUUGAUAUUUAAUCGAAUAGAACUUAAAUUGAUCUUUAAACGUAAUUAAGAUAAAAGCAGGGCCCAUGAAACUUAAAUAAGAAGAAUAUCUUCAUAGAAUUACGUUCAAUAGUAAAUCAGAAAGUGGUUGUUAAACAAACACAUUUAAUUUAAGCCAAUUUAAGGAAUUUAUCCACGAUUAUUCGAUUCCUAACCGUUUUUAUUGAAACAAUAUAGAGUUAUAAGUGUUUACAAGUAAAAAAACGACGAGAGAUUUAUGAGCGCAUGAAAAAGUCGAGAACAAAUUCGUAACUCACAUAAUUUUGUUCUCGUAUGCACCAUAUGCGCUCUGGUCGCGUUUGGGAUAAUAAAAUUUAUUGCACACAAUGUAAUCGUUCUUGAUAUUCUUUUUUUCACUUUAUUGUUCAGGGAAAACCUUACAUACUUUCUCUCUCUCUCUAUUUUCAUUCUUGGUCUGCAUUUGACCUACAUUUAGCAUAAAAUAUGUAUUCCAGAACAUACAAUUUUAGAUGUCUGUUUAUAUUUUAUAUUUUCGAACAAAAAAGACAUUUGAAAAUGAAUUUGAUAUUCAAAAUAUAUUAAAAUGAAAAUUGACACAUCUACUUAAGUUGUAGUUUUAGUAUUGAUAAAGUUAGUUUUUCGUUUUCCAGCCACACCGAUCGUUAUAACUAAUCAAUGUGAAGACAUCAUCAGCUCAAAUUAGAAUUCCUUAUUUUCUCAAACUUUCUUAAAUUGAUUUAAGACUAUUUCGAAUGAAAUGAAGAAUAAAAUUUAAUUUUUCUUUUUGUUUAUAAACUUUUUAUAAGUUUUUAUUUAUCUUAAUAGCUCUUAAUUAAAGCCUCUCGAACUAUGGUUUUGAUAAUAUAUUUUCAAUUAUUUUUUUAUCUUUUUAUUCCAGUGAAGUAUUAAAAAUAUUUCUGUAUUUGUGGGGUUAAAUAUCAUAAGGUAAAAACGGGAUAAUUUUUAUUCAUAAUGUAUAUAAAAGUAUUAUUUAAAUGCUGGUUGAUUCAUCAACAUGUUGCACAAGAAAAAAGCACUGCAUUCCAAACGGAAGCUUUUCUAUUAUUUUGUUCUUCCAAAAUAUUUUAUGAAUUUCAUAUUGAUGCAUGUUAUGUAUUUGAGAGUAUUUAAAAACAAUAUUUGAAUCCAAUCUCUAUUUAAGUUUUAUUCGUGAUGUUGGUACCAAUAUUAAGUUGAUGAAUAUCUUGUCAGGAUAAAACCUUUCGCAGACCAAAUAGCCAAUUUUAAAUAAUCUUUUACACCUUAAAAGUAAUAAAUUUUAACUAUCUAGAAUUGUAGAUGUGAUUAGAUAGUUUUUUUUUCUACUUUUAUACCAUUUGUUUCGAUUAGCUCUUCAAUGCAAUUGAUGAAAAUUUGAAUUAAAAUUUGUUUUUUAGCAAAGGAUUAUCACUGCACGAGUUUAACCGGCAGGCAUUAAAUAUUUAUUAUUAGUUAAAACAAAUUGAUCCAAUUCCAAUUGAUUUUAUCACUUUAUACCUUGCGGAAAUAGAUUUAAAAAAUAUUUGAUUUUAAGAUCCCGAUAAGAUUCAAUGAAGCAGUUUAUGCUGCAAUGAUAACGCAAAAAAUAUUCGACAUUAAAAAUUGAAGAGUUUAAAAUGUGUCAACUCAAUUUAAAGCGGUGUGAUGAAAACAUUCAUUUUUCAAAUCUCAUCACCUUUCAGUAAAUAUUGGUUUCACUUCUUUUUAUUAUUAAGAGAAAUCAACAAAACUUUUCUGACUUCUUAUGAUGAUUGAAUGGCAUGUGGCAAGAAAUGUUUUUGUCAAAGCAAUUUUUCUCUUUUUUCAUUCUUUUAUCAUGAAAUGACAUUAAAAAGAAAACGAAGCUUAAAAGGAAGGAAAGGAAAUUGCUGAGUGGCAAAAAGUACAUCAUAAUCAGUUUGUUGUCAUUUUGUGGGUUAUUUUUUGUGACAUAAAAACAUUUCUCUUUUGCUGUACAGUAAAAAUAUAUAUCAGAAGAGAAAAUUUAUAUUUUUUCAUUCAAUAUGACAAGUUCUCCUUGAGUUUACGUCAGAUGAGAGAAAAUUCUUUGAUCUUCUUUUCCAGGAUUUUUCCCACUAUGAGUGUACAUACAUGUACGCGUUUUUGACAUGUUUUAAUCUUAUACAUGUUUAUCUUAAAUAUGAUAUUGACAUGCUUUUCCUUCCCUUAUCAUUAAAAUAAAUUUCGUUUAUGCAAAUUUCUAUUCUUUGUUACCGGAGAAUGAAAUGAAUUUCGUUGCGCAUCACUUAAGAAAUUAAAUUAGUUAAUUAAAAUAUUUUUCAAUUAAAAAUUAUUCAUUAUGACACUUAGUUUGUUGAACAAUUUUAACAGGUACAAUUUAAUUUGUUGAUGUCUGAAAUACUCGUCCGUUUCAUUAUCAAAACUCUCAGAUUCAUUUCUGACCUCGUUUUGCAACCGUUGGAUGAUGUUCAAGCGCAUUUAAUAAAUAUCUUUCUGUAUCUAUAACAUUAAUACUUUGUUUCUUCUAUAUUGUGGAUAUUUAAUUUUCAAUAUCGCUAAUCAAGAAUCAAGAUUCAGCGCUACCAAUAAAAGGGUCAAAUGUCACUGGAUUACUGGUAUCUUCGACUAUUUUGCUACAUAUUAGCAAUCAUUAAAAAAUUAUUUCAUAUUAAGUUGACUUUUAGCACCUUUCAUUUAUUCUUUAAUGUUCAAGACAAACAUUGUUUAAAAGAUUAUUGAAUCUGGACAAGGAUCAAGGGAAAAGUUUUUGUUACAUUUGAUGUGAAUUUUUUAUUUCACAGAUCAAACAGAUAAAUGAGAUUUGAUGAUUUAUGUUGAUUCAUUUUUUUACAAACUUAUGUAAAAUAAAAAUUCUUUACAGUGAAUUAGCUUCACCAAGGUUGUUACUCAAACAGCUUAAUUUACUGUUAUUAAUUUUUAAUACGAUUUAAAUUGUAUGAAUUCUGAUAUGCAGUACAUUAACAUCAGCAUGAAUCAAAGAAGUGUAAUAGAUAAUUUGUUUAGAGAUUUUAUUAUUUUUCAUACAAGAGUCGUCUCAUUU